UGUGACAUCACGUGUCAAAUUGACAUAUCAGUGUGUGUGGUGUUUUUAUUAUUUGUGGUACAGGAAAAUUCAUUAAAAAGUGAAUUAAAAUGUGCAUGUUUCGUGUUUUAUUGUGGUAAAAUUGCAGCUAUGAAAUUUGAUUACCAUUACGACACAUGAUCCGCGUCGACGUUUGCGAAAAUAAAGUCGCCGGCCACUCGAGUAUUUGUAUAAUCAAUAGUUCGUGACCUGCUCAAAAAAGGAUUCAAUUGAAGGAUAAAACGGUUAGGCAUGUAUCAAUUAAGUCAUGUCCUAUACAGAGCUGGAACAUGGAUAUCAGGGUUUGCGUAAAGCAACCAGAACAACGCAAUUUUACGUAGGCGCUAUAUGGAUUCUGACGUGGGCAAAACAAUUCCUUCUGUUGUUGUUGAGGACGUAGACAAUCCACUGCUUGUUCCCUCUCGCUGGCACAGGGGUGAUCUGGAACUAUGCGACACAAGCGACGUGAGUCUGAGCCCCCAGGACAUGGAUGACGACGGGGGCAAAGUCGUCAUCGUGGGAGUGUGUGCGAUGGAAAAGAAGACCCAGAGCAAACCGAUGAAAGAGAUUCUCACUAGAUUGCAGGAGUUCGAGUACAUCAAAGUGACCGUUUUCCAGGAGGAUAUUAUUUUGAAUAAACUAGUUGAAGAAUGGCCAGUCUGUGAUUGUUUGAUAUCAUUCCAUUCCAAAGGAUUUCCUUUAGACAAAGCGAUACAAUAUGCGCAACUGCACAACCCUUAUGUUAUAAAUAAUUUGCACAUGCAGUACGACAUCCAAGAUCGCCGGAAAGUGUAUUCCAUACUGGGCUCUGAAGGCAUCGAAAUACCUAGAUAUGCAGUCCUCGACAGAGACAGUCUAGAUCCUAAACAUCAUGAACUGGUGGAAUCGGAAGAUCACGUCGAGGUAAACGGUGUAACGUUCAACAAACCUUUUGUCGAGAAGCCAGUGUCAGCUGAAGAUCACAAUAUUUACAUAUAUUACCCGACUUCGGCCGGAGGAGGGAGUCAGAGAUUAUUCCGGAAGAUUGGCAGUAGAAGUAGUGUGUAUUCUCCAGAAUCUAGAGUCAGGAAAACUGGUAGUUUUAUUUACGAAGACUUCAUGCCUACGGAUGGAACUGAUGUCAAGGUAUAUACUGUUGGACCUGAUUAUGCACAUGCUGAAGCCAGGAAGUCGCCUGCUUUGGAUGGGAAGGUGGAAAGAGAUCGAGAGGGAAAAGAAAUACGUUAUCCGGUCAUACUUAGUAAUGCUGAAAAACUCAUUUCACGAAAGGUCUGCCUGGCAUUUAAGCAGGCGGUUUGUGGGUUCGACUUGUUGAGAGCCAACGGAAAAUCGUUUGUGUGCGAUGUGAAUGGGUUUAGUUUUGUUAAGAAUUCCAACAAGUAUUAUGACGACUGUGCCAAAAUUUUGGGAAAUAUGAUAUUAAGGGAGCUUGCUCCAACGCUCCACAUACCGUGGUCAGUGCCUUUUCAGCUGGACGAUCCUCCGAUAGUGCCGACGACGUUCGGCAAAAUGAUGGAACUCAGAUGCGUAGUGGCGGUUAUCAGGCACGGAGACAGAACGCCCAAACAAAAGAUGAAAGUUGAGGUUAGACAUCCGAAGUUUUUCGAGAUAUUCGAAAAGUAUGACGGUUAUAAAAAUGGUCAUGUGAAAUUGAAACGGCCGAAGCAACUGCAGGAGAUAUUAGAUAUUGCUAGGUCGUUGCUGGCCGAGAUUCAACAGCACGAAGCGGAUCCGGAAAUUGAGGAGAAACAAGGAAAGUUGGAGCAACUUAAGGCUGUUUUAGAAAUGUAUGGUCAUUUUUCUGGUAUAAAUAGGAAAGUUCAAAUGAAAUAUCAACCUAAAGGAAGACCUAGAGGAUCUAGUUCAGAUGAUGUUUCUAUUUCAGUAGACAAACCUGCAGAACCGUCGCUGGUUUUAAUUUUGAAAUGGGGCGGUGAGUUAACUCCAGCCGGUCGAAUUCAAGCAGAGGAACUCGGUAGAAUAUUUCGUUGCAUGUAUCCCGGAGGACAAGGUAGACAUGAAUAUGCUGGUGCUCAAGGCCUAGGUCUCCUGAGGCUUCACUCAACAUUCCGCCACGAUUUGAAAAUAUACGCUUCGGACGAAGGCAGGGUGCAAAUGACUGCCGCCGCAUUCGCCAAAGGACUGUUGGCUCUUGAAGGAGAACUGACGCCUAUUUUAGUACAAAUGGUUAAAAGCGCAAACACUAACGGGCUUUUGGACAACGACUGUGAUAGUAGCAAGUAUCAGAAUAUGUGCAAAGCACGUCUACACGAACUUAUGCAACUAGAUAGAGAUUUUACGCAUGAAGAUAAAGAAAAAAUAAAUCCCUGUCAUUCUUCGAGUAUAGCUGAUGCAUUGGAGUUCGUAAAAAAUCCGGUAAAAUGUUGUAAACACGUUCACGAGCUCAUCAAAAACCUGAUGGAAAUCGUACAAGUGAAAAAGGAAGAUUUGAAAACAAAAGAUGCUAUACUAUAUCACGGAGAAACGUGGGAGCUGAUGGGUCGAAGGUGGGGAAAAAUAGAAAAAGAUUUUUUCACCAAGAAUAAAAAUUUUGAUAUCAGCAAAAUCCCGGACAUCUACGACUGCAUUAAGUAUGAUUUACAACAUAAUCAGCAUACGUUGCAGUUUGAACAGGCCGAGGAACUGUACACAUACGCUAAGUAUCUUGCUGAUAUUGUGAUUCCACAAGAAUACGGCUUGACGGCCCAAGAGAAGUUGACUAUCGGCCAGGGAAUUUGUACGCCGCUCCUGAAGAAGAUCAAGGCGGAUCUGCAGAGGAAUAUCGAAGAGUCCGGCGACGAAACGGUCAACAGAUUGAAUCCGAGAUAUUCUCACGGAGUGUCAAGUCCGGGACGACACGUCAGGACGAGGCUGUAUUUUACCAGCGAGAGCCACAUUCAUUCGUUGAUCACAGUAUUGAGGCACGGAGGAUUACUGGAUGUAACAAAAGAUGAGCAGUGGCGUCGAGCGAUGGAAUAUAUUUCGAUGGUGUCGGAGCUGAAUUACAUGUCCCAGAUCGUUAUAAUGCUCUAUGAAGAUCCAACGAAAGAUCCUUGUAGCGAAGAACGCUUCCAUAUCGAACUGCAUUUCAGCCCCGGCGUAAAUUGUUGCGUCCAGAAAAAUCUACCACCUGGACCCGGCUUCCGGCCGCACUCGAGGAAUGAAUCGGCCGCGAGCAAAAACUGCAGCUUGAACACGUCUGCUACCGCGACACCAGAAGACGCGAAAAGUCAGUGUUCGCCUAGAAUAGACGAAGAAGCCGAAACCUUGACGGACGAAGAUAAAUAUAUUCUGAAUCCGCCCAAGGUUUUAGAAUCGCCACCUAGCACCACCGAGUUUACGCCUCCAGAUUCACCCGAAUCCGCAUACCGACAGUAUUUGAAGACUAGUGAACCAAUUCCUAUAGGAAGCUCGCAUACGGUGAGCGGCCAUGAGGCAAUGCACUUGGCCAAACGACUGAAUGAGGAGCUAGCCAAUCAGGCGCAACAUGGCGGCCGGAGCUACGGCAUGAAUCGAUCGGCUAGUCCAGAACCCGAGCCAAGAUCGAGGAGCUACGACCACAAAAGCCCCCAGAAAAGCAAGGACUGUUCACACGGCACCGAUCGUCCCGACCCGUUAGACGAACCUUAUUUUACUUCACUAACACCUAGAGAUAACCACGGCGUUCUGGACACUCUCGCCGCUAGUCCUUUUGAGAUCCCAGUCCGUACUGUCACUACCCAAGAUCAUCUCAUUCUUGACUCCUGUAGUUUCACGCCGAUCCACAACCGGUCACGAUUAGGCCUGGAUAAUUUGGACUCCACUGAAGAAUGUGUCUUCUCGGAAUCAGAGGAGGUUAACGUCAUUCAACAGUUUGACAAAGAGCAAACCUUUGCUGGAAAUGAACGUAAAUCUUUAAUCUGUGAGUCACGAUCAGAAGGUGAUGCAGAGGAGUCAAAGCCAUCGAGCGAAUUAGGCCAUAGUUCACAGCCUUUGCGUGAAUUCGGUUUGCGUUUUACCUUUAAUGAGGUUGCUGCUUCUAUUAACACAAUCGCACUAGAUUUGAAACAAGAUAGCUGUCAAGAGACAGCAUCAGUAGAAUCGGUGUCAGGCUCUUCUGAUGUCAGUACGAAGGUUCAAACGACUAGUAUUCGUUGCCCCAGCCCUCAUGAAGCUCUAAACCUGAGAAAUCGCUAUGACAGUUCGAUAUCAGGAUCGCUUGAGGUGGAACUGAGCGAUUCUGAGUUCUCAGCAACUGUUGAUAAAUCUGAUUUAUCUUCGAUCCCCUCCAACGACGCUAGCAUGCGUACAGACACGUUCACAUCGACGUAUGACCAGUCUGAGUUGAGCUUUGUAUCAGGCCCGUACGAAUUGGAUCCUAAUGACUUGGAGUCUCAACGAUUGGCAUUAGGAAGCUCUCAGGAUUGGAACAGAGCUUGCUAUGCUUUUAACAGACCGGAGUUGAGUCCGAUAUCAGGGUCUUUCGACAUGGAUCCCUAGCGAUGUGGAUUCCCUGAGCAAUGCUCGGAAAUCGGAGAGAUCGUCGACCGCGAGUUCCAGGCCGUUGAGCGCCACGAACGAGCUGCCUUUGACGGAGUUGAACUUAGCUUUGUUCACGUCCAAAUUGGAGAACAGCAAUUCGUCGAUUAUGAGUACAAACGAGUUGCCUUUGUCCGAUAUCAGGUUCGGUAAUUUCAGGAGGCAAAGUACGAUCGAUAGUCAGAAGGACGAUUUGUCGAUGGAAGUGAAUUGGGACACGGAUGUCAAUAAAAUGGACGAGGCGGUGUGUCAAGUGGCGGAGUCCAGGCAUCGGUCCUUCUCCGAUCCCAAUAUCCUCGACGGUACUGCCGGCAACGUACGAUGGUUAUCGGACAAGCAUUUUCUGCUGAAAAAAUACAACGACAGCCUAUUCGAGCAGACCCGCAACCAGCUACCCGUCCCCUCUUCUCUCGCUUGCUACCCGUACAGCUUCUAUCCGGAACACGCCCCGGAGGCGGGUUGUCCGGUGUGUCGCUAUCGCGGAGGCGGUCUCGCGUAUCCUUAUCCGCCACCCUCUUUCGUCGUUACCGCUCCCACCACCACUUGCAUGUCAUCGUUAGCAGAUUGCGGCCAGGCGGGGGGCGUCGGUGCCCCAGGCGUCUACGGACAGGGCAAACGCCAUCGGCACAGCAUCGCCGGACAAAUGAACUAUUCCAAGGUGUUCGGCAUCGGGAUGGCAGGACCGACCGGUUUGAAGAAAUUGAUAGGCGGCAGCGCGAAUUCGCUAUUCUCCACCGCCGUCAUUUCGGGUAGUUCCAGCGCGCCGAAUCUCAGGGAUAUGAUUUCGAACACGAGCAGCGCCACCGCAAUAGAAGGUUGCGGCGGUGUACCAUCCAUCCGUCCGCUAGAAACACUGCAUAACGCGCUAUCGCUGAGACAGCUGGACUCCUUCCUGGAUCGUAUGACGUCAGCGCCUCUAUUCCGAACGCCAUCGUCAACGCCGCCCAAGUAUCCCUCAACACCGCUGCCCACACCAACCGCCUCGCUGACGGCCAAAUCGCAGCCUCUCACACCCAGCAACAGUAUAGGUUGGAGUGGUCCUCCCAGCCUGAUGUCUAGCAGUGGUCCUUCGUCUCCCGGCUUCUCGGAGAGCAUUUCUAAGGGCGGCAGCAGUAGCGAGAUGUCAUCCAGUGUGAUAAGCGGCGACGGGUAUUAAAACUUAUUUUUCAGAGUAUUACUACGUACAUGCUCGUACUUUACGUUUUUAUUUCCUAUUUUUUUUUCCUAUAAAGCACAUAGUGUCGUUUAAUAUAUAAGUCGAUUAGUACAAAAAAUCUAGAUGUUUUAGGUGUAUUGAGAAAUAAAUAGGUUGUUUUCAUUAGGUUUGUUUGAUUUUUGUUUUAAGUAGGCCAUUUAAUUUUGAGGCUUAAGCUGAAUUGUUGCAUAUCAUGUCAAUGAAAUAGGCAGUUAUUUACUCAAAGAAAAAAU